UUUCGGGAGCUUAGAUUAUUGGAAAGUAUAUUUUUUUACUCUUCGUGAGUGCCAUCACAUCGUUCUUUUAAUUUUUUUUCCUUUCAGUAAUGGGAGGCAACCAUUCUAAAAGCUAUUGGGAGAAGGACGAGGAUGCGCUCAAUUGUAAUGCAUGUGGCGACACCUUUGCACUGACACUACGCAAGCACCACUGUCGAAAUUGUGGAUACAUUUUUUGCAGGAAGUGCUCGCGCGGCCGAUGUUCUAUUGUCACACGAGGUAUGAAGGAUCCAGUUCGUGUGUGCGAUUCAUGCUAUCGUGAACUAACAGGGCAAGAUAACAUUGUACGCGGACCCUCUGUUUUUUCGGCUGACAGUGAAACACCCAGAGUUGUGGACGAUUCAGUCACGGCUUCGCUCUGGUUAAAGAACAACGACGACCACGGCAACACAAAUGCAAGCCGAGCCGCUGAUGGAUCAGCAGGGCAACUCACUGGGGAUAAUAUGUGCACUACAAGCGAUGCACAACACUAUGCUGAAGAGCAGACAGUAGAGGAUGAAGUGUAUCAGCAAGAUCUCUAUAGCAACUACAAUACUUUCGAUUUUCAUCAUGCCCCUUCUGCUCAGGAGUGGCCCAGUAUGUCAAAGACUAUGGAGCAGCUUGAGCGUGGGUCCCUAAUUCGACGAUGGGCUAUUGUGCGGCAGGAAACUCAUUUUUUGGAUGUAUCGAUGCAGCAUGCUGAGCGUGUGGAACCUGAGACUUUAGUAGAGUAUAGCCGUGAGACCGAAAAUAUUACAUUGCAGCCAGAAAUUCCACUUCCUUCCCUUGCGCGAAGCCUAUUACCUUAUCCAAAGGCUGCUGAAGAAGGUAUUCUUCUUCUUCUGGAACCUGUUAAAUCUAUGCACAUUGUUUUGUCAGUCAGCAAUCUCCUGAUGAAGGAUGUUGCUAACUCACUAGCUCAAUGCCUCACUUUCACAUACGUUGUCGAUAAUAACAUAAGACCUGUAACAAAUGCGGAGUUUUCAGAGAGCUGAAUUUGUUUAUGGUGUUUGCUUGUGAUUUGCUAUUCUUGAAUGAAUUCCUUGAAUGACGGGAUAUUGAUUUAUGGGCAAACAAGCCUCGUUUUCUUGA